AGGUGCCGACCGAAGCCUUUAAAAAGCCGCGUGAGCGCAGCGCGCGAGCGUCUCUCCGUACCGUCGGUUCCAGUCCAACGAGAGGAGCAGGAUGAAUCGAGCCGCCAACAAUGGAUUCAGUCCAUCGUCGAAGCCUGAAGAUCCAACGUUCUUGCGACUGAAUGCACAAGCUUUCCAGUAUUGCCUAUUUAAUGUGCAAAAACCCAUCAGUCCCAAAUGGACCAUUUCUGCACGAAGAGACUUCCAGAACUUUAUGAGCUUGGACUCUGUGUCUGGCACUGGAUUAAAAUAUGUUAGGAAGACCGUAACAUCUGAAGCUGAUCUGGAACUGAAUGUGGUAAAUCUUUCUCAAACUGGGAGUCAAAGUCCCCCAGAAGUCCCAGUGGAUGAAUAUAACUACUCUACACACAAUAUCAAAGUGGGUGGAGAAGAGAAGAUUCUGGUGACAUUUUCUGAAUCGGUCCAUCACUUCUACUGCCAAUUGGACAGAAAUCUGACCAUGUUGGAAAAACUCUGCAAAAGUGUUGCACUGCUACCUGACAAGCAUCAAAGCUCAGAUUGUCCUCUUGGACUUAAUAGCAUUUGCUUAGCCAAGUAUACUGAUGAUCAGUGGUACAGAGGUCUCAUAGUUGAAAGAUCCCCAAAUCUCAAGGUGCACUUUGUUGACUAUGGGGACACUCUUGGUGUUCGUUACACCGAUAUUCGACCCUUGCCCCCUGAAGCAAGUAUCGCCAGGUCUGUUCCUGUUCAAGCUGUUCCACUCGGGCUGUUCAAUGUUCCUGCAGAUUUAUCACUGGAAAUCAACGAGUGGUUUGCCACCCAUGCUGUGGGGAACAAUUUCACCAUUUCAGUAGCAGCAAAAGGGAAGCAGGGGAAGUUGUUGGUUGAACUGUUCGAUGGAUCACUAAAUGUAAAUGCCUUGGUCAGGGAAAAGGUGACAAAAAUAAGACGGCCAAAGAUGACUGCUGUGAUUUCUAACACUAAGGAUGAAAGGACUACUCUGCCGAAUGAGAAUCAUUCCCAACCUGAACUCACCAGAUCAUCAAUGUUAAAGAACGACACUGGCCCAGAAAUGCAGGGCAACAAGGAAAUGUCUCCCAAAUAUUCUUCUUCACCAAAGGUGGAGCAAGUGAAGGAUCCAGACAUCAUUCUUGAGAACAAUAAAAGCUGCCGGGUCACGGAGACUGUAAAUAAUAGUUUCUUCGGCAACUUAGCAAUGACAAAUUUUUCAUCCCACAGUUACCCAAAGCAAAAUGCAGAGGGUUACAUGUACAACUGGCCAAAGAUUUCCCAAAACAUGGCUGUGGAUGCAUAUGCUUCUUGCAUUUCAGGCCCACAUUACUUCUGGUGUCAGCAUGCCAACACAGAAGACCUUGACAAAGUGUCACGUCUCGCUAAUGAGUUUGCAAAAGCACAAGACGUAAUUUCACCUGAGCAUCUUAAACCUGGUGUUCCCUGCCUUGCUCUGUUUUCAGAAGACAACAAAUGGUACAGAGCUCAAAUAACUCAGAACUCAGACCAAACAGUCCAUGUCUUGUUUGUUGAUUAUGGCAAUGAAUGUGAUGUCAAGAAAAAAGAUGUAAGAUUGCUGUCUCAAAACCUGCUAAAGAUUGCUCCUCAGGCAUUUCUGUGUCGUUUGGAUGGUUUCAUGGAGUCCAAUGGCUUUUGGGAUAAUGAGGUCUACGAUGACUUCUACCAUCUCAUAGUUGACAAACCACUUAAAGUAACAGUUUUGGCUGUAGAAAGUCAUUCAGAGAAUGGUGUUCCCCAACAAGCAGUAACCACAGAAUGUGACAAGAUUGUGGUUAACAAGGUCAUUCAAAAAUACUGGAAAUCAUUUUCUGGAGAAGAUUCUGGAAAUAUUGUGGCAAAAGAUUUUCAAGCCAGCAACAGCAAGGAUAAUCUUGGGCCCUCCAAAGAAAAAACAUUCUCCACAUACAAGCAGCCAGAAGUGUUCAGAACUAAAACCGAAACGGUGUACGCGUCCUGCAUUGCAGAGCCAAAAUUCUUCUGGUGUCAGUUUUCCAAUAUGGAGGAUUUAUGUGAAGUGUCCCAGUUAGCCCAGGAAGCUGCUAAGGCAGAACAGGAUGUGACGUUCCUUCAAGGUCUUGGACCAGGGAGCCCAUGUCUCGCUUUGUUUCCUGAUGACAAGCUAUGGUACAGAGCGAUGGUAGUCCAGAAAGACAACAGAACGGUACAUGUCCUGUUUAUUGACUAUGGAAACGAGUCGGACGUUGACACCCAAGACACAAGACCUUUGCCUCAGGAUCUUCUGGAGAAGGUACCGCAGGCCUUUCUUUGUUGUUUGAUUGGAUUUGAUGAGUCUAAAGGCUCCUGGAAUGACCAAGCUUAUGACAACUUCUACAAGCUUGUGGUUGAUAAACCCCUUAAACUGACUGUGUUCAGUGCAGAGAGCCAUUCAGAGAUGCCAGUCCCUCAGUAUGCAGUGGAAGUUGAAUGCGAGUUGGUAUCCAUUAAUGCAUCACUGCAACAUUACUGGAAACCACUUACAGAAGAAAGUGCUGUGACAGAGAAACUAUAGACAAUCAGCUCCUCAUAAGGUGUCUUAGCAGAAUGAAGCAUAUCCAGAAGUAUGAUGGUUUUUUGAUGUUCCCUUAUGGGUCAGUGUGUCUGCCCAGAAGAUCUGAAAGAGUUGUGACUUGCAGUCACAUCCUCGUCUGAUAACGGACUUGCAUAUGCUUCUCAGGGAAUCCUACAUUCCUAUUUCUUCUUGUCUAUUAAAACUUGUGCAAAACCAAAUAAAGAAGUUCAUGAGCA